AAACACGGCCCGCUCGCCCACAAUCCCUAAGCGUUUCAUCCUCUUUCCCCGUCUACCAAUCUCUGGCUGCGCAGCGUUCCUGGCCCCUACUAACCCACAGCACCCUUAAUUCCACCACCAUGGCACCCGCAUCCCGCCCUAUCCUCGGGCUCGUCUCCCUCAUCAUCCUCGCUGGCGGCAUCCUCUUCCAAUUCCUCGUCAUCCUCUCCGGCGGCGUCAACGGCAGCCCCGAGAACCAGAUCUACUUCCUGCAAGCCAGCAACAUCGCCAACAUCGCCGGCGCCCGCAAUCCCUCGCGAUGGACCUUCUUCGCCGUGUGCGGCGUCGAUGCCAAGGGCCACAAUGCCAACUGCGGCAAACCCGUGCCCGCGCUGCCCUUUGAUCCGCCCCGCAACUUUGGCACCACGACGAAUGUGCCUGCCCAGUUCCUCGGCACCCACAAGUUCUAUUACCUAUCCCGCUUCAUGUUCGCCUUCUACCUCAUCGCCCUUUUCUUCGCCGCAUGUGCCCUAUGCACCGGUGUACUGGCCCUUUGCAGCAGGCUGGGUGGCUAUCUCUCUGGCCUGACCGUCUCUAUUGCCCUUUUUUUCCAGACCCUGGCUGCUGCCUUAAUGACUGCCUGGACCGUUGAAGGACGCAAUGCAUUCAGGCGUGGCGGCCACAGUGCCUCCCUGGGCAAGAAGGCCUAUGGCUUCACCUGGGGCGCCAUGGCCUGCUUCCUCAUCGCCACCGUGCUCUUCUGCGUCGGCGGUGCCGUCAGUGGCAGUGGCAACCGUAGCAGCACUGUCAGCCGCAAGCGGUCAACUCGCUCAACGCGCAGCCGGGGCAGCUUCCUCGACACUGAUAGCCAGAAGCGCGUGAAGGAUGACUACGCGUAAAGCACCACCGCUAAGACUUUAAAAUAUUAAUUGUGUGCAAAAGUGUGUAUUUGGAGAAUGAGCUAGGAGUGUUCAUGAAAGAUGCGCCCUACAUAAUGACAUUAUGAGCUACUUUGUUUCGAGCCGAGAUUGUAUGAUGGAUGCGCAGUUGCCAGACCUUUUCAUGUCUAUAUAUCCGCUUGGGCUGGCUAUAAGCUCUUGUAAUUACUCUACGUAAUGAAUAAAGCAUUAACUGCUACUGUCUAUACCCC